CUUAGCAACCACGUAGCUUAGCAACAGAGUUGCCAAUCCCAAUUGUGGUCAUUAAGUGAGGACAAUCUGUAUAUCCCAGUGUGAAGAUUUUCUUUCACCUAAAUCAAUUCAUUAACAUGUAUUGUGAGAAACCACGCCAAAUCCCAGGGCUGGGAAGUCAAAAAGCUAUGGUAAACCACUUCCAUACUGUUGCCAAGAAACCACAUGGACAUGUCCACCAAGUCCCCAGGAGUCGAGUUCCACUCGAAGGAGGCUUUGCCUUUCACACCAGACAAACAUAGCAACUCCUUUGACACGUCCUGUCCGCAUAUUCCUGGGUUCACGCCCAGCACUCCUCGCACGCGUUCGCAUCGCCACAUCUUCCGCAACUCCAAGCCACAGCUGCAAGCACCGAACGGGCAAAGGGGGCUGCAUUGCCUCAGUCCUCCCUCUACCUGCUCGGCCGGCUGGCUGGGUGGCUGGUAGCUUGAAUACACCUCGCCCGCUCCUGCAGCCGCACCGAGAACGAGAAAAAGGCGGACCUUUUCCCUGCCACGAGCGCUUCCGCAACGGGUUCCGCCUUCUUCGGCGAUUAUGGCCGUCGCCCGCCAGGACGCCUCACGAGCGUUGCUCGCUUGGGGAGCAAACAGCUAUGGACAACUUGGUCUUGGUCAUAAAAAUGAUGUCUUCCUGCCCAAGGCUGUGAAGGCAUUUCUCUUUAAUCAGACUUGUAUCAAAAGCAUUACUGGAGGAGGAGGUCAUUCUGCUGUUCUUACUGACACUGGAGAGAUCUUUUUCUGUGGCCAGAAUAAAGAUGGACAGUUGGGACUUGGUCAUACUGAGGAUGUGACACAUUUUACCUUAUGUUCUUCUCUCUGUGGCUGUCCUGUCAUACAAGUUGCCUGUGGCUGGGAUUUUACAGUUGUACUUGCUGGAAGUGGCCAAGUAUACUCUUGUGGUUCUAAUUCCUUUGGGCAACUGGGAGUUCCUGAUAUUUCAGGCAGAUGUACUAUUCCAGUACUGAUUAAGUCUUUACAGGAUAAAGUAGUAAAUAUUGCUGCUGGACUCAGGCAUGCAGUUGCUGUGGUUGAAAAUGGUUCAGUGUUUCAGUGGGGAAUUGGUAUGGAGUCUCAAGCAAAGCGAAUGUGCCAAGGAAAAAGUAUUCCUUCUUUCCUGAGGGCAAAUGAACCUUGCAAAGUACCAGGUUUUGAAAAUAUCAAAGUGAGGAGUGUGGCUUCAGGCUCACAUCAUGUCAUGUCAUUCACAGAUGAAGGAGAUUUAUAUGUUUGGGGAAACAAUAAACACAAGCAACUACUAAGCAAAGAUGUUGUUGUUCUGGAACCUCAGAAGAUUGAAGCUCACUAUUUUGAGGGUGAAAAAAUCAGAAGAAUCUGGAGUGGAUGGACACACAUGGUGGUGCAAUCAGAGACAGGGAAAGUCUUUACAUGGGGUAGAGGAGACUAUGGUCAGCUUGGAAGAAGUGGGAUGCCACAUGAAGGACAGAGCCAGGGCAGAAAGAGAUCAACAGAGCAUCAUUUGAAAGAGCCAGCUUAUGCUCCUGCUACAGUACCGAGACUCUCUGGUGCAUCUGAGGUUGCAUGUGGUUCAGAGCACAAUCUAGCAAUAGUUGGUAAUCAGUGUUUUUCCUGGGGAUGGAAUGAACAUGGCAUGUGUGGCAAUGAAACAGAAGAAAAUGUUUGUCUUCCUCAGCAUGUUGGGGCUCUUAGUUCUGCAGAGCUGCUUUUAGUUGGAUGUGGAGCUGGACACUCCUUAGCAUUUUGCUGUUUACCAAGCCUAGACAUAUCACUGUAGAACCAUCAGCACAAUUUAAAGUUCACUCUGGGGUUGGUUCUUGGUUAAUAAAUGCACUUAAUUCAGUGUCAUUAAUGUCAAAGCAAUUCAGUCAUGUCUAGCUUUGGCAAGAUUAUCCAUAUUAUAUUUUGACAUUAUAGUCAUUUUGCUGGGUUCGUAUUUAAAAGAAGGGGGGGGGAUAUUUUUUGCUUUUGUUUGAGGGGGCAAAGCAUGAAAAUAUUUAGGUGUGAUGAAAUGAAGCAAUAUGUGCUUUACCUAUUUAUUGAUAUCAAACACAUGAUUACUACAGGUAAUCCUUGCUUAAUGACUGCCCUGUUUAGUGACCCUUCAAAGUUACAAUGGUG